GUGUGCUUCCACAGUCAUACACCGAGUAAGAGACGUGGGCGACGGGCAGCAGCGCCACUUUUGAGCGGUUGAUCAACUCGUCCAACAAUAACAAACCGCAGUAGCUAACGGGCAGUGUUCGUGGAAGGCUGGGAGAGCGGAGGCACUGCGACCGAUCAUUUGGUUUAUGUGUCAACAAUGGUUCAAGACAACGCUCAGAUCCGGCGCCAGGGUGCCCAGAACUUUAUGGCAUACUAUGACUUUUCUUGUGCUCGGCAGGAAUCAGUGCCUCUUCCUGCUGUCAAGAUCAACCUUGAUAAAGGGAUGCUUGACUUUAAUGGGGACAGACUUAAACUAACCGACUGGCCCCCCAUUCUCAGCUCCAUAUCCAUCAACAAACACCUGCACCACAUUGCAAUAAGUAGCACGUAUCAGGCUAGUCUGGGCUUUGGAAAUGAAGAUAGAAGGUUGUAUAGAUCUGGCAUCAGGAAGAAGAUCCCAGCCAUCCGCACUAAGGACAUGACCUUUAAGUUGUGCAAGGCUUUAAGAGAGUGUCUGACUGUCUCUCCAAACCUCAAGACUCUUCAGCUUAUUGGACUUCCACUGAGAGAGAGAGACCUCAUCACUUUGACUAAGGGUCUGGCAAAAAGUAUUUCCUUGGAAAACCUGUCCCUGGCUAAGUGUCCAAUUACUGAUCUGGGCUUAGAAGUCAUUUGCCAAAGUGUGAAGUAUUCUUCAAGCAUCAAGGCAAUUGAUUUUACAGGGUGCAAUCUCACUUGGAGAGGAGCAGAGUAUAUGGCCAACAUCAUAAAGCAUCAGGGGAUGCAGAGACAUGGUACUGCAUGGGCAGAGUCUCUGAGGUACAGACAACCACAGUUUGAAGGAAUGGGAGGUCUUCGGCGCAUCACCCUUAACUGUAACACUUUAAUUGGGGACCGAGGUGCUGCUGCACUUGCACAUGAAAUAACAGAGGACCUCUGGGUUAAAGCGGUGGACCUACAGAAGUGUGGCCUGUCCAAUGUAGGAGCUCGACAUUUGCUGGAAGCUUUGAAAACAAAUACUACUAUUUGUGUACUGGAUGUUCGGAAUAACCCUUUGGUUGACAAAGACCUCAUUAAAACGAUAAUAGAGAAAGUACUGAUGAAUGCUGACGGACAGCCAACAGAGUAUUCCUGGAUCAAGCCUGCAGCCACAGAGACACAGAGGUCUCCUGGUCCAAGAAAAGGAGUAGUGCCUAGUUCAGCAAGAGGAAAACCUACCUUCAGAAUAGCCCCUCGUAAAGGAUCAUCUCCUCCAGGACGGAGUUCAGGUGUCACCCAAAACAAGAAGCCAUACUCCCGUGGUCGAUACGUGCCUUGGCGUGCCGCUGCACGAGCUGAACGUCAGAGAGGUUUGCCACCGGGAGUUACUGUGAUUGACCAAAGCUUUCAGGGAGGAGCUACUGUAAAAGUUGACAUGGAGUCAGAUUCAGAGGCAGAGGAGGAAAAAGUAGUGGUGGUUGAAGUGGAGCAGAGACCUUCACCCAGUCUCCAGGACAAAAUCAGUGGACGCCAGUACGACCGUAUCCAGAUGGAGCUGAAGGAAUGUCGUCUCAGGCUGGCAGAGGAGCGCAGAGCCAGACUGAAAGCUGAGUCAAGGCUCAUGGAGUACGAGUUAGAGAAUGCUCGUCUCCGUGAUGCCAACCACUCUCUGUCUGAGGCGCUUGCAGCCACUGGCUCUGCAUCAGCACCACCUGCCUUCAGUGCUCUUGAAGAUGAGGCUGUUCUCGAGAGCAUUGAGAGCUCAUUUAACAAGUUUCAUGCUUUCCUGGAUCUCCUCAAAGAUGCUGGUUUAGGCCAGCUAGCAUCAUUGGCUGGAAUAGACAAGUCCGAUUUCCAGCAUCUUGGAGGACCACAGCUCUCCUCUACUGCAGGACCACGCUUGGAUGGUGCAGCGUCUCUGACUAGAGGGGAGUAUCAGGGUGUUCAUUCUGAAGCAUUGUUCCGGACUGCUUCUCCUCUUGGCCUGGCUGACACCCGAACUCCUAGCUCUCUGGUCCCUUUGAGGGAGUCUGCACCUGAAGACAGGCUACUUGAUGUGACUUUUAAUAAGGUUAUUGGACCUGUUGUAGAAGAGGAUGAUACAUUUUUCAAGCCUGUUACCAAGCUUGACUCAAGCUCUGAGCGAAGUGUUUAUAGCCAAAAAUCAACCAGAAGUCAACCGAGAAGCCACAAGAGUAGCUCCAACAGAAGCGAUUCUCAUCAUAGUAACAGUUUCCAUGGAUACAGUUAUAGCAAUAAUUAUGCAUCUCAAGGCAAUGGGCAUCAUGGUGGAUUUUCAGCAAGGUCAAGUGUUAGUGAAAUUUUAAGUGACAAGGCAGAGUCUGUGGGGUCAGAAGGGUCAAGGAGCAGGGGAAAGAGAAGCCUAAUGGCAGUAGGUCAGUCGGGGUCGGAGGAGACAUCCUGCGCUGGGAGAGAGGCCGCAGAGCAGAUCAGAUCUCUGGGCGAUCUGUGAUCUGUGAUAAUGAAUCCUUCUGACCAGCUGAAGGGAGGGAGGCUUUUUUCCUGUGUGCCCUUUGACUAAAGUGACUCAUUUAUUUGACUCAUUUUUAUUCUGUUUAUUGCUGACAGUAAUUUAUUGUGAAGACACACUUUGCACUUAGGGACUAUAUAGUUAUGCGUAAUAGUAAACUAACAGUCUUGCUUUUCAUUUCAUAUACUCAAAUCCAGUUCCUCCCAGAGUAAUUGUUUCUUAUGCCAUAACACGCUGGAGUUCAGAUGAAAAUUUAAACUUAUUUUAUGAGGGCUUUAACAUGAGAGCAAAUAAAAAUUUACUGCUCGUUUUAUGUGUUUUUAUUCACUUCACACAUCUUCAGAUAUUUUAUUUUUGAAGUGAUGUAUAAUAAAAUUGCCUUAUUCCAAUUCUAUUGAUGACAUUUUUUCACUACUGUCAAAGGUACAUUUUAAAUAAAAUACAGUUCAUCAGCACCAAG